AUGCACAAUAAAGCACCUGGUCCAAAAUUUGUUAUACAGGCAACCGACAGUGUGAUAGGUGCUCAUACAGAAAAACUUAAGGAGCAAAUAUUAAAACAGAUCCCAGUGGAUGACCCAAAAAGAACAAAGCAGUUACGUACUCACUUGUGUAUUACAAUUGGUGAAAGGACAGAAAUUGCUCUAAAUGUUCAUCUUGAUGAUGGCAUAACUAACGGCGCUGGUAAUGCUGUUAAAAAAGUAACUCUGUAUAAUCCUCCACAUCCACAUGGAGUUAUCUGGGUUCAAUUUGAUCAGCAGUGUAUUGGUAGAAAAACCCGUCAAGAAAACAUGCAACUAUAUACUCAAGGCAUUAAUAAGGCAUGGACACCAGUGAAACCCAUAACUACACAGUUUAAUGUUGGCAGAAAUAAAACUGCUUCUGUUGUGAGGAAACGAUUUCCAUUACGCCCAGCAGCAGCUAAAACUGUUCCUAGAUCUCAAGGUGACACUGAAAGAGAAAUUUUUGUAGAUUUGGAAAGCCCCAGAACAAUUCCUCAUAUCCAUUAUGUAGCCCUCAGUAGGGUUACGUCAAUAGAAGGACUCCAUAUACGCAAUUUAAGUGAAAACAAAAUAUCUGUGAGCAACCACGUAAAAGGUGAAAUGCAUAGAUUAAGACAUAAAGCACAACUUUCACCUUCUUUGAAAUUCAUCUACAAUAUUCCUAAUGACAUGAUCAAAAUUUCUUUUCUUAAUGCCCAAUCCUUACAUCGGCACUUCUUGGACUUCAAAAAUGAUUUCAAUUUACAAGCUUCUGAUUGUAACAUUAUCUGUGAAACUAGGUUUUCUCCGUGGGAUGAUCACAGGACGAAAUUGCAAGAAUCCGUAAACGGAAACGUGGCAGAAACAUGUUAAACCGUUCCGGAAACACGACGGAUAACCUGUGUUUCCGUUACCGGUUUCGUGACGUUUUCUCGCGUUUCCGUUGCUGCGUAUACAACGGAACCGGACCACUUUUACGUAAACAUAACGGAAACAUGGAGUUGCAUGUUUCCGCCACGUUUCCGUUUACGGAUUCUUGCAAUUUCGUCCUGAGGAUGAUGCUGUGUAUCAAAUCAAUAACUUGCUACUAUUUAGAAAUGAUGGUGUGGUCAAAGAGCAAGGGGUGAGACCCUACUAUGGCAUGGCAAUCUGUAGUAAGGAAAUAUUUGCCCUUGGUUAUCCUAAAAAGAAUAACCUUCAUGGAGUUGAAAUAA